AUGAUGGAAGAUUACUUUGUGGAGCGUCCGAUUUUCAGUGAUGAGGAAUUCCGGACACGCUACAGGAUGAGUCACAAUGUAUUCAACCGCAUCUCCAGUGACCUUUGUCGCUAUGACCGGUACUUUGUCCAGAAAUCAGAUGAUGCUAAGAAAGUCGGACUACUUCCCCAGCAGAAGCUGACAUGUUCCUUAAGAAUGAUUGCUUACGGUGCUGGGGCAGAUCAAUGCGCUGAGUAUUUUCGGAUGGCGAAAUCUACCUCCAUCGAGGCUCUGAAACGAUUUACAAGUGGCAUCGUUAAUCUGUACUCGGCAGAAUACCUCCGGGCUCCUACUCCGGCCGACCUAAGAAGACUUCUCGCCAAAGCUGAGAGAUCCUGGGAUGAUUGGAAGCAUCGACUGCAUGCACUGGCAAUUGAAGAAUUGUCCAACAGGUUGGGCUAG